UUCCUCUUCAUUGUGCUGCCGCCGCCGUUUCCUCCUGAACUUAUUGAACUCUUCUCGUUUUCGUCGUCUCUUUUGGACUGCUAUAACUUCUAAGGAGAAACUUUCGGCAGCCUAAUCUAGGCAACGGCGAGCUCAAUUUCUGGAACAAACGUUGGGGAUCAAAGGUGGAUUUGAAGCUCUGACACAUAUUUCAUCAUGCAGAGUUGGGGAAUUAACUCUGCUAUUAAGCUACUUACGUAUUCCAGUGAGCUCAAGGAUGGACAAGCGCUCUAUGCUUCUUCCAAUUGUCAUCCUGUUAAGGCCUUAAACCGUGAACCUGCUGGUCAUGCCUUCCAUUCUGCUGCUCUCAAACUGCGUGGUUGUGCAAAGGAAGCCACAAGCAAGAAUGAAGAUACCGAUAAGAAAGUCCCAAAGGAGAAGGAUAGUGAAUAUAUUCCUUCCUAUGACUCGCAUAACAUCAAAGGAAAGAAGAAGUCGGGGAAGCAACAACAUGAUCACUAUGCGUUGUUGGGUUUGGGCAAUUUAAGAUAUCUUGCAACAGAGGAUCAGAUCAGAAAAAGCUAUCGCGAAGCUGCACUGAAGCAUCACCCUGAUAAACUUGCUACUCUACUUCUUGCUGAGGAGACGGAAGAAGCAAAACAAGCCAAGAAGGAUGAGAUUGAAUCUCACUUCAAGUUGAUUCAAGAAGCAUAUGAGGUUUUGAUGGACCCAACAAAAAGAAGAAUAUUUGACUCUACUGAUGAGUUUGAUGACAAAGUCCCAACUGAUUGUGCUCCGCAAGACUUCUUCAAAGUUUUUGGUCCAGCUUUUAAGAGAAACGCAAGGUGGUCGAAUUCGCCUUUACCAGAUUUGGGAGAUGAAAAACCUGCUGCAGCAGCUAUUGAAGAAGAGAAAAGGCGAAAAGAAGAAGAAGCAAAACGUGCGGCAGAGGCUGCUCUGCUGCACAAGAGAGCCAAGGAAAAAGAGAAGAAGCUUCUGCGCAAAGAACGAAGUAGGCUCAGAAUUCUCUCCGCACCUGUUCUGUCCCAGCGUCUGCUUAGCAUCUCUGAUGAACAUGUGGAAGAUCUAUGUAUGUCACUUAACACCGAGCAGUUGCGGAAACUGUGUGACAAGAUGGAAAACAAGGAAGGACUGGCUUUGGCAAAGGUGAUCAAGAAUGGGAACAGCAUUGAUGAUGAUGAUGAAAUAGAGGUUAAAGAAGAGAAAGAAGAAGAAGAAGUUCAAGUAGCUGUUAAGCAGAAUGGUCAUAUAGAAGCCAAUGGUCAUGUAGAAGCCAAAGUAAAUACUGCUACUCAUCAGAAGAAAGAGAAACCUUGGAGCAAGGAAGAGAUUGACAUGCUGAGAAAAGGAACAACUAAGUUCCCAAAAGGAACAUCUCAAAGAUGGGAAGUCAUAUCAGAGUACAUUGGUACAGGAAGAUCUGUGGAGGAAAUUCUCAAGGCUACCAAAACAAUACUUCUCCAGAAACCUGACUCAGCUAAAGCAUUUGAUUCUUUUCUGGAGAAGAGGAAACCUGCUGCUUCAAUCGCCUCUCCUCUCUCUACACGAGAGGAACUCGGAGAACCAAUUAUACCGAUCAAACCUCAUGAAGAAAACAACUCAGCCAAAACAGAGACCGCAGAACAGAACGGUAAGAGCGAAGAGAACAACAACAGCAACGGUAAGAGCGAAGAGAACAACAACAGCAAUGGCAUCUCUGAACCAGAUACUGGUGCUGGUUCAGACCCAGACGGUUGGUCUGCUGUGCAAGAAAGAGCUCUGGUACAGGCUUUGAAGACUUUCCCAAAGGAGACAAACCAAAGAUGGGAGAGAGUAGCAACAGCUGUUCCAGGGAAAACGAUGAACCAAUGCAAGAAGAAGUUUGCUGAGCUUAAGGACAUCAUCAGAACCAAGAAACCCACAGCCUAACUUAUCGGAGCCCUCGAGCUACACGCUCUGAGAUUUUGUUUUGACAGAGAAGAGCGUGGACUCAAUUUUUGCUACAAUUCAUGUUUCGUAUACAUCAUCAUGCUACUACUAUUCUACAUAGAGUUUUUGACAACCGAAUCUAUUCUUAAUUUUAUUUUGUUCUAAUUUUAUUUA